CUCAGUAGCAGCCAGUCAGUGAUUAGUGGCCUUGACAAAUCCCCAGCAAGCACUUUCAGACCUGGCCACUCACGGAGCAGCAGCACGGGUUCUGGCAAGCACUCAAAACAGUCUCGUCACUGGGAGGUAGUGGAUGACUUGCAGCAUGUUGACAGGGGCUUGGUUCCAGGGUCAUCUGGAGAUCUCAGUAUUCCUGGGAUCUGUGAGGGCUACUUGAUGAAAAGGAGAAAAUAUCCGCUCAAAGGCUGGCACAAAAGGUACUUUCUGUUGGAGAAAGGCAUUCUCAAGUACUCAAAGACCCAGCAAGAUAUUCAAAGAGGGAAGCUGCAUGGCUCUCUGGACAUCAGCAUGGCUGUCAUGUCUGUGAAUAAGAAGACCAAACGCAUAGACCUGGAUGCUGGAGACAACCUGUAUCACCUCAAGGCAAAAAGUCAUGACAUUUUCUACAUCUGGUUGACCAAGCUGUGUGCCCAUCGUGUGUUCAGAAAAAAUGAGGCCAUGAGUGUCCACCGUGGUGUGCUUCAUGCGCUUUCUUUGGGCCAGAGCACUCUCCCGGCUUUCUCUCAGCAAAGCAGAGCAACAAUUCCUCACUAUGCCAGCUCUGCAUCGGUGUACCAUCCAGAGAUGGCAAGUCCUGCCCCAGCUGUUGCCAGUCAACCAGGUGUGACCAGCAAGGUAUCAGCUUGGCUGCAGCAGACCCACGACAUAGAUGCAACCUCCAAUGAACUGGCUCGUUGUCAGGCAGAUCUGACAGAACUGGCUCAACUUAUCCAGAGACUGAAUUGGCUGGAAGGAGGCUACCCUAUCACUAACACAGACCUGGAGAUGCGAAUCAGCAUGCAGAAUCUCUCCCUGGAAAAACCCAAGAAAAAGAAUGGGCGAAUUCCGGGUCACUCCAGGACUCUGUCUCGUGCUGAGGCCAUGGGGGGAAUGUUCACUUCCAGUCACCUGAGCACAAAUUCCACUUCUGUUCAGUCCAUUCCAAACUACGUCUACUCUCAGCUGUCCAAUCCUCAAGUCACCUCACCUGAAGCUAAGAAGCUCCACCAGGAGAUCUGCACUGCUUCUCAGAGAGUUCACAGUUCUCUAAAGUCCAUUCAUGAGGUUUUGACCUUGGAGCGUGAGAGACUGAGGCAAGCCUGGACUGGCCCAGACAUGCGACAGAACACCUCACAGCAGCUCGCUACCAUCUGUAGCACAUUGUCUGAGCUUGAUAUACAGUCCCAUCUGACCAAAGUCCAUUCGCUUUCCCUGUCCUCUGACUCUUCUGAAGAAUCCUUCUGCACUGUCCGUCCAGACCAGAGAACGCCUUCCUUAAGUCGUCACAGUAACCGUCCACCUUCAGUGGCAGAUUCCAUGGCAGAGUAUUUUGAUGCCAGCGAGGUAAUAGUGUGCGAGACUUCGUCAGAGGCCGAGGCUUCUGAUGAAUCGGGCCUGAGUGACAUUACCACCACUAGCACAUCAGAGCCUGAAGAAGGACAUUCUGCUGCUACUCUUAACUACAGAGAAAGUUUGAACAGCGCAAGUCACAAGCCACGCCCAGUGCCUCCUGAUACUGGUCGUCGCACUACUCUGCCUGCCCACUGCGCAGACAACAGCCACAUUGGCAUUAUGACCAUCCUCUACAACAACAUUGGCAAGGAUCUGUCCAGAGUGUCUAUGCCAGUUGCUCUCAAUGAGCCACUCUCAUUGCUGCAGAGACUCAGUGAAGAACUGGAGUACUCUGAGCUGCUGGACAUUGCCAGCAACAUUGAUGAUCCAUAUGAGAGGAUGGUUUAUGUAGCAGCAUUCUCCAUCUCUGGUUAUGCCUGGGCAUCCUGGAGGAAUCGUUACAAACCCUUCAACCCUGUCCUGGGUGAAACGUAUGAGAAUUACAGAGAAGACAAAGGAUUCCAAUACAUUAGUGAACAGGUCAGCCACCAUCCACCCAUCUCUGCUUGCCAUGCAGAGUCGGAAAACUUCACUUUCUGGCAAGAUCAGAGAUGGAAGUACAAGUUUUGGGGCAAGUCUGUGGAGAUCAUCUCUUCUGCACUGGUUAAUGUUACCCUACCCAGGUAUGGUGAUCACUAUGAAUGGAAUAAGGCCGUUACAUGUAUCCACAAUGUCCUGAGUCAGCAACGCUCUUUGGAGCACUAUGGUGAGGUGAUCAUCAGAAACACAAAGAGUGACGUGUGCACCUGCAAGAUUACCUUUGUCAAGUCCCGCUACUGGAGCUCGGACAGCAGUAAGAAUGAGGUGCAGGGUGUGGUUCUGGACCAGGCUGGGUCAGUGAUUCAUCGUUUCGGAGGUCUCUGGCAUGAAGGCAUUUUCUGUGAUACUCUACCUACACCAAAAUGUAUCUGGAAACCCAAUGUACAGCCUGAUGACUAUGUCAAGUUCUAUGGCUUCUCAAGUUAUGCCAGGGAACUUAAUGAACUGACUUCAGAAUUGAAGGCUGUCCUUCCACCUACGGACACACGUUUCAGACCGGACCAGAGGCUCCUGGAGGAGGGAAAAAUAGCAGAAGCAGAUAAAAGGAAGGAUGAGGUGGAGGAGAACCAAAGGGAAAGGAGGAAAGAAAUGGCCAAGAAAGGGGAGGAACACAUCCCCAGGUUCUUCAGAAAAUCGGUGGAUGAAGCUGGCAGAGAGGUGUGGCUGUACAAUGGGACAUACUGGAUGCUCCGCAAAGACCCUGGCUUUGCCAAUACUGAAAAUCUGGAUCUGUGGUAG